UCAGUUUCUUUUUCUCUGUCUUUGCGUGCGGUUCAGUUUUAGAAGUAGGAAGAAUCGUUCAAGUAGAGGCGAGAUCCGUGCGUUUUCCUUUUACCCGACUCGAAUACAUUUUUAAAUAAACAAAUAUAUAUAUAUAAGAAAAGGAAUUCUUUAUUAGUUAAUGAACGCAGUGUACAACAAAUGCAAAUUAACAUUGAAACAUUCAAAAGCAAUAAGAUAUCAAAGAGUGUUAAAGCAACAAAUAUAUAAUAGCCUUUUGUUUAGCAAUUGUGCAAUACCCGAAAACCCGAACAUAGAGAAACAGUCGAAAGAGUUAAAUACGCAUCAUAAAAGAAUCUCGGCAACAAAAAAUAUAUUAAAAGAGCAUUGUGCAACUAAGUAAACAAUUGUAAAAGCUUAAACAAAACACGCUCACCCACACACAUAUAGAAAUAUAUACACAUACUACAACAAAAUGAGUGUCUGUGAGAACAAGACCGUUGUGCAACAGCAAUUGCAACAACAGGCCGCCGCUGCCGUUGCGGCUGCCGCAGCCGCUGCCGUUGCUCAGCAGCAGCAACAGCAACAACAACAGCCCACGCAAGUGGUGCCACAGUCGCAGCACAUGACGCCCCAGCAACAACAACAGAGCACACAAAGCAUUGCCGACUAUUUGGCACAAUUGCUGAAGGAUCGCAAACAGUUGGCCGCAUUUCCCAAUGUCUUCACGCAUGUGGAGCGACUGCUGGACGAAGAAAUUGCACGUGUUCGUGCCUCCCUAUUCCAGAUUAAUGGCGUUAAGAAGGAGCCCCUCACCCUGCCCGAGCCCGAGGGCGCUAUGGUGACGCUGAACGAGAAGGUUUAUGUGCCAGUGCGUGAGCAUCCAGAUUUCAACUUUGUUGGCCGCAUUUUGGGACCGCGCGGCAUGACAGCCAAACAAUUAGAGCAAGAGACUGGUUGUAAGAUAAUGGUACGCGGCAAGGGCUCCAUGCGGGACAAAAAGAAGGAGGAUGCCAAUCGUGGCAAGCCCAACUGGGAGCACUUGUCUGACGACUUGCAUGUUCUGAUUACCGUCGAGGAUACCGAGAAUCGCGCCAAAGUCAAAUUGGCUCAGGCAGUCGCUGAAGUGCAAAAGCUGCUCGUGCCGCAAGCCGAAGGCGAAGAUGAGCUAAAGAAACGUCAACUUAUGGAAUUAGCCAUUAUUAACGGCACAUAUAGGGACACAACAGCGAAAUCAGUCGCAGCUUUCUCAUGCGUUGGUUCUCCUUCUGCUUCUGUUCUGUAUCCCGCAGUGUGCGAAGAGGACUGGCGCCGUUUGGUUGCUGCAUCGGAUAAUCGCCUGCUGACACCCACAUUAUCGGGACUGGCCACCCAGAUACGUAAUCCCGCCAGUGCACCGCUCGGCGCACCAUUGAUACUUAAUCCACGAAUGACAGUGCCGACAUCAGCGGCCAGUAUACUGUCCGCCCAGGCAGCGCCAACAGCCGCCUUCGAUCAGACCGCCCAUGGCAUGAUCUUUGCAUCGCCAUACACCGACUACGCGAACUAUGCAGCACUGACCGCCAAUCCUCUGUUGACGGAAUAUCCAGAUCAUAGCGUUGGUCGAUAUAUGCAUGCCGGCUCCGUCUUUUGAACUUUUUUUUGUUUGCGUGCACCAAGAAUUUAUUGAAGUCCAUAUAAAUUGUUAGUUUUUAGUACCAGCUUAAACAAUCUGUAUAUGUAUUUAUAUAUGCAUAUGCAUCUACAUAUCUACAUAUGUAUAUAAAUACAGCAAAAGAGAAGCAAGAUUCUGCCGUUGACAGUGCACAACACAGGACAUAUUCAAAACAUAUUGAACGUAGUAGUACUACAUAUUUAACUAUAGCUACGUAUAUACAUAAACACACACUUGAACAUAUAUAAUUUAUUUAGCAAUGCACAACAACAACAACAAAUACUCAAGUAAACAACUGCAGCUUCUCUGUAAGCAACAAAAACAAGAAACAAACAAACAAACAACUGAAAAUAUUGAACAAAAAUGAAAGAGAAUGAAAAACAAGUUACUCAAGUAAAUAUGAUUAUUGCUCGUCGAGAAAUUUUUUGUUAGUUCAUAGGUCGCAAACAUUUCUAAAAAACUGGCAGCUAACGAUUGAAAAAUAAGUGAUUUUUAGGCGCUUAGAAGAUUUUUAUUUUCAUUAAAAAAAAUUUUCUAUUUAUUUUUAUUUUUAAUUUUUAUAAUUAAUGUUUUGGGUUUGUGUUUCGUCAGCUCUCUUCAAACAAUUUGCAAAUUUUCUACUUCGGAACAUGAGUAUAUUCUAGUUGACAACAGCUGCAACAGCAACAACAAUGACGACAGUGAAGCAAUUUGUUGUUUGUUGUUGUCGUUGUUGUUUUGGGAACAAUGAGUAUUCUACUUACAUACAUACAUACAUAGACAUGCAUAUUACUUAAAGCCUUCAACCAAGUUGCUGCAAGUUUUUUGUUUAGCCAUUUAAGUAGUAUAUUUACAGAUGUCUAUGUUUUCUAGUUUUCUAUUUAUAUAUAUACAUAUAUAUUCACAUACGCUUAGGUCUUGAAUAACUUUUGUUAUUUAUUUACACUUCUUUUUGAUUUAACGGUGUAGGUUGAUGUUUAUUUGAGUUGAAUCUCUUUGACUUUUUUCUUUCUUUUUUUUUGUCUUUCCUUUUUUGUUGGGUUUUCUAUUUUAAUUAAGUGCAAUGUCUAGCUAAUAGCUAAUUAGUUUUGUGUGGUAGCAGUUAAGCGCAGUAUUUAUGCACAAGUGUACCUUACGACAAGUUCAAGUUAAACAUUUGAUUUCCGUACCGUUUGAUUUUUUUCCAGUCAGUGCCAUUUAUAUUUCGUUUGGUAGUAAUUGGCUAACAGCCUCACGUCGAUUUUUUGUAGCAUUUUAAAAUAUAUUCAUAUAUAUAUACAUAUAUAUUAAUCACUUUAUAUGUAGUAGUGUAUAGAUGGAGCCUUGAAUCGAGUUGGUGCUUAAACAUUUUUGUAGACAUAGGUUAGUUGAGGUUCUCAGGCAGCCGUCCAACAAUAUUUUGCACAACUAGUCAGCAAAAAGCGCGCAUCAAAUCACCAGACAGACAGACAGCUGGAGGAAUGCUAAAGAACUGUAAA